AUGGCUCGUGGUGGUCAAUCUAAUCCAAACAACCAGAAUCAAAAUAGAGGUCCUCCUUCUUUUUCCGAUGCUAGCUCUUCCCUUUCCAUGGAAGAUUCUGCUAGUCCACACUAUCUUCUCAGUGGUGACCAUCCUGGUCUCAUCCUUGUCACCCAUGUUCUGGUUGACCCCAACUUUCAUUCCUUGAAUAGGGCUAUGCUCAUUGCUCUUACAACAAAAAAUAAACUAUGUUUUGUGGAUGGCACUCUUCUUCGCCCUGCUUCUAUUGAUCUCUUAUUUGGUGCUUGGAAUAGAUGCAAUUCCUUGUUGAUAUCUUGGCUACUCAAUUCUGUCUCAAAAGAUAUUGCUGAUAGUUUGAAGUACUUCUCCAAUGCUUAUGAAAUUUGGUCAAAUUUGAAGGACCAAUUUCUCCAGGCAAACGGAUCUCGCAUCUAUCAACUGAAACAACAAAUUACCUCCUUCAAUCAGGACUCUCUUGAUGUCAAUGGUUACUACGCCAAACUCAAAACCUUAUGGGAUGAACUUCAUGAUUAUCGCCUAUCUUUCCCUUGCAUUUGUGGUGGCUUGCAUUCUUUGUCUGACUGGCAACAAUAA